AACACUAACCCGGUUUUGGAAGUCUUCGUUUAUGUAGUGAAAGGCUUCGUCAUCAUCGUUGUUUCACAGUUGAAGGUUUUCACGAGAAAGUGAAGAUUUUUGGAGAAACCAUACUUUUGUGAAGUUGAAUCACAAUGGAAGAUUCAGAGAAAAGAAAACAGAUGUUAAAAGCAAUGCGAAUGGAAGCUGCAGCGCAGAAUGAUGAUGAUGCUACUACAGGUACUGAAACAUCUAUGAGCACAGGUCACCUCUCCAAUCCAUUGGCAGAGACAUCCAAUCACCAGCAGGAUUCAUUUGAAACGCAAAGGUUUGAUUAUUAUACCGAUCCCAUGGCUGCUUAUUCUAGUUUCAAGAAAAACAAGACCCCUAAGCAACAAUACAUCUCAUCUCCUAGUCAUCAAGGAAGCUCUCCUGUACCACCUCAGUUUCCACCAUCAGUUCCUCCAGGAUCAUUAUGUAGUGAGUAUCAGGCACAGACCAAUCAUGGUGGCUUUCAUGCAGCUCAUUAUGAACCAAGAGGGAUGGCACAUCUUUCACCCUCACACAGAGGUCCACCCGCCGGUUGGAAUAACAACUUUAGGCCUCCACCAGUUAACCAUUCAGGUCCACCUCAAUGGGUACCUCGCCCUUUUCCAUUCUCUCAAGAAAUGCCGAACAUGGGGAAUAAUAGAUUUGGUGGUCGAGGCAGCUACAACAAUACUCCUCCACAGUUUUCCAAUUAUGGACGACAAAAUGCAAACUGGGGUGGAAACACGUAUCCUAACUCAGGAAGAGGCAGAAGUCGAGGACGCGGUAUGAACACAAGCUUUGGGAGAGAUGGAGGAAGAAGACCCAUGGAACCAGGGGCAGAACGAUUUUACUCCAACUCUAUGGCUGAAGAUCCAUGGAAGCAUCUUAAGCCAGUCUUAUGGAAGAAUUGCUCAGAUGCUUCGAGCAGCAGCUCAACAGGUCAAGCCUGGCUUCCCAAGUCUAUAGCACCAAAAAAAUCUGUGACCUCAGAAGCUACCCACAAAACUAGCAGUAAUCAGCAGAGCCUUGCUGAGUACCUUGCUGCUUCUCUAGAUGGUGCUACAUGCGAUGAGUCAAGCAAUUAAUCAGGACAACUGGCCUAGUGAAAAUACACCAAGUCCAAGCAUCUGAGGUACCUGGAAAGAUCACCGUUGACUCUUUCGAACUAGGUAUUGUUCAGUGACUUGUGUUUAUUUUCUUAACAAGACACAACAGCGAAUGAUGAACAUCUCUGAGGGCGCAAUUAGGAGUAGAUUGGUUGGCAAUAGGGAUGUUCUCUACCAAAAAUUUUACUGUUUUUUCGCAAGAUUUAGUUAUCGUACAAUUAUGUAAAAUCAUUAUCAGGAAAUUUGUUGCAUGAUUGUGUUUGAGGUGGAAAUGAACCGCAUCCGUAUUAAGAUCAUUUUUGCUGGUGGAAACAAUGUUACCAGGAAACUGAACUUGGUUUUUUAUAGAUUAAUGUGACUUGUUAGGUACCGUAAUAUAAUACUAGUUGGCUACGACACGUACAUGUGCGUUUAUUGCUUGAAGCCAAUAAGGAC